GGGAAGAUGAUCGGGACAUGGGAAGCCAGGUACCAAAGCAGGGUCAGAUUGAGAGCAAUGUCCCAAUGGAAUGCGGUCCUGCCGCAGAGGAGGAGGAGCAAAUUCAGCCCCGAAACAGUGACGUCAGAGACAGUGAUCAGGACCCCGGAACCGGCACAAGUGAGGCGACUGUCUGUCAGCCCAGAGACAGAGCUGUCAGAGACACCCAUCAGGACCCUGGAAACAGCACAAGUGAGGCGACUGUCUGUCAACUCAGAAGCUCAUCAAAUACGGAAUUGUCACGUCCCCAACAAAGAAUGGAGCCAGAGUUUACAAUCUCCGACCUCCUGGCAGAGGGGGGUGAAUAUCGACUGUACCAACUGACAAAGUUCUACAGGGACAAACUAGAACAAGCGAUUGAAGAAAAGGUUGAAAGACUUGGUUGGAUGUUGACAAAGGAAGGACAUUUCAGUAGAGAAGAAAAUGAGAAAGUCACUGAACUGACAGAGAAGGGAGACCGGACAGAGAGUUCCAGACUCUUCCUCAGUUUGGUGAUGGGCAAAGGCUCCCGGGCCCAGAGGGCGAUGUGGGAAUCCUUUGUGACAUGGAGGACUGAGUUACUGAAGUUGGACAGAAUCCUGAGGGAAAUACAAGAGCUCGGUCCUGAUUCACAGAGAUACAUGAACAUUGCCCAAGGAUUAUCUGAGUUACCCACUCACAUGGAAGAUGUUCAACAGAAACACAAGGAGACCCUGCGGACACAAAGUGAAACACUGAGAGUGAACACGAUCCUGAUGAGGGAGAAGGUGAAGGUUUUCCAGCUGGUUGAUCGAUAUGCUGAGCUCACGGUCAUUUCUACUGUUCGAGAUCGGAGACUGGUGGAACAUGAGCUGCUGGCAAGAGGCAGAGACCACGAAGAGUGGAGACAGAAACUUCUCCAAGGAGAGCUGGAAAAAAUCCAGACUGAUCAGCUGUUCCAGAGCAGCUUUUCCCAGAGUAACAAUAAAUCUAGGAGUUCAGCAGCAGUGGCCGGAGUCCCAGGAAUAGGGAAAACCACAAUGGUACAAAAGAUUCUUUAUGACUGGGCCAUGGGGAAAAUAUACCAACAGUUCCACUUUGUCUUCAGUUUCAAAUUCCGUGAUUUAAACUCUAUUAACUGCAGAAUAAACUUGAGGGAACUGGUUUUGGAUCAGUAUCCUUACUUUGGGAAUAUCCUGAGAGAGGUCUGGAAGAACCCAGAGGGAUUGCUGUUUAUAUUUGAUGGUUUGGAUGAAUUCAAACACAAAAUUGAUUUUGCGGACUGUCGGAGAGCUACAGAACCCAAGCACCAGUGCCCAGAUCCCGAGUGGUGGUGUGAAGUGUCGGACAUUGUGUACAGUUUAAUCCAGGGCAAGCUGCUCCCAGGGUGUUCAGUGCUGGUGACCACCCGUCCCACUGCAUUACAUUUAUUGGAAAAGGCAGAGAUCAGUGUCUGGGCUGAAAUCCUGGGAUUUGUUGGUGAAGAACGGAAGGAAUAUUUCAUCAGACAUUUUGAAGAUCAGACGGUGGCAGAAGCUGUUUUCAAACACGUAAAGGAGAACGAGAUCCUGUACACCAUGAGCUACAACCCCUCCUACUGCUGGAUCCUCGCUCUGGCACUGGUCCCUUUCUUCACACAAACAGUCAGGGACCCACAGCGAGUUCCCAAGACCAUCACCCAACUGUACUCCUACUAUAUUUACAAUAUCCUGAAAAACCACGGCCGUGAGAUUGAGAACCCCCGAGAUGUGUUACUCAGGGUUGGUCAGAUGGCCUUCAGAGGAGUGUGCGAGAGGAAGAUUGUGUUUACAGAUGGAGAUUUGAUCAAUCUGCAGCCUUCCCAGUUCCUGUCCGGGUUCCUGAUGGAGCUUUGGGAGAGAGAGGAUUCCGCCCGGAGCGUGGUGUACACAUUCCCACACCUCACCAUCCAAGAGUUUGUAGCUGCAGUCGCACAAUUCCUGAAUCCACAUUCCAGGGAUAUCCUGAAAUUCCUCACUGAAGUCCACAGCACGACAGAUGGGCGAUUUGAGGUAUUUCUCCGUUUUGUUGCUGGUCUCUCCAACCCAAUGACAGCUCGGGGCCUGGAGGAGUUUCUGGGUCCAUUUCCUCAUCAAACAACCUGCCGGGUGAUUGACUGGGUGAAGGAGGAGUUUAAACGCCAGAGUAGAAACACGUGGAGUGAAGCUGGUAAAAAGAGCCUCCUGAACACAUUGCACUACCUGUUUGAGUCUCAGAAUCGUGGACUGGCUCAGGCUGCACUGGGAUCUGUGGAAACACUUUCAUUCAGUGAAAUGACACUGACCCCAAUUGACUGCGCGGUCCUGUCUCAUGUCAUCGGACUCUGUGAUACAAUAAAACACCUCGAGCUGUGGGACUGCCACAUUCAGUGUGAAGGAAUCCAGCGGCUUGGACCCGGGUUGCACAAGUGCCAGGAGUUGAGACUUGGGCGGAAUGAACUGGGAGAUUCAGGAGUGAAACUCGUGUUUGCGGCUCUGAGGAACCCGGAGUGUAAAAUACAGAAACUGUGGCUGAGGGAUGUUGGUCCCACAGACUCUGGUGCCGAGGAUUUUGCCUCUGCUCUCAGCACAAAACCGUCACUGAUGGAGCUGAACCUGGGUGGUAAUAAACUGGGAGAUUCAAGAGUGAAACUGGUGUCUGCGGCUCUGAAGAACCCGGAGUGUAAAAUACAGAAACUGUGGCUGGAGUUUGUCGAUCUCACAGAUUCUGGUGCCGAAGAUCUCGUCUCCGCUCUCAGUAAAAACCCAUCACUGAAGGAGCUGGACUUGGGAUUCAACUCGCUGACAGACCGAUCUGUCCCCGCUCUCCGCCGCCUUGUACUGACCCUCCCGAAUCUGGAGCAGAUUGUGGUGUGGUGGAAUCUGUUCAGUGAGACCGGCAGGAAGGAACUGAGAUCUCUGCAGGGAGUCAGACCCGGACUGAGAGUGUAUCUGUGAACAUCGCCGCCCGGGGCUUGGCAAAAGACCAUGAAAAUCUCUCUUCCAGACUCACAAGGAAGAACAUUUCUGUCAUUGGAUAGUCCCACACUCCAAAACCCUGUUACCUCUAGUCUUACCCUAAACAUUGCUGCUGCAGGGAAGCCACUAACUCAGCAGUGAAACCUUACAGCGCAUUACACUUGUGAUACACUACCGGGUUCACACUGGGGAGAAAGUUUCAAUGAGCUGCAUGCUGGAUAUUUGACCAACACAAUCGCUAAAUGCAACUUCCAGACUGACUGUCGGUGCUGGAAUCUGCAACUAUUGCUG